AUGCCAAGCAAAGCUCAAGCAUCUACCAUUUCAAUCACUUUCUCAAACAGAAGGAAUCAACCAAUUACACCUCUUUUUCCUUCCCAAUCCACUAAAGGGGACAAUUUAGUUCCAGAAGAUGAACAAGAUGAUGAUGAUGAUGUGAUGGUCUCAUUUGUAGAAAUUCAUUUUGACCCAGAAGAAGAUAACAUUCCAGAUCAUUUGCUCAUAUCCAGGAAACAGUUGAAAAUUCUUAAUCAUAAUCAGAAUUCUUUGUUGCAAAUUCAGGCUGAUAUAGGGGGUCAAAAUACACUGUCCGGGAUUGAGAUGGAUAUGAUGCUAAAGUCACAAGAGCAUCAUUUAAAAAUGGCCAUGGAUCAGAUUGAGCAGAAGCAUGAAGAAUGUUUAAAGCUUCUUGUUGAAAAUUUUUAG